AUGAGAAAUAAAAGAUCAUUAAUAUAGGAUCAAUAACCAGAUCAUGAUUUGAUAAGAAGACAGAAUGAGAUAAUAUUAUAACCUGCAAUAUAAGUGUAUAAGAUGUAUACUUAAUUGCACACUGCAGGUUAAGCUGAACAAGUAGCUGAUUGUCUAACAGCAAUAGAAUUUAUUCAAAAAUAAAGUGAUAAGAAUAUGAAAGUGAGAGAUUUUGCCAUGUAUGCUGCUUAGUUCUUUAGAUAUGAACAUUAUAAUUUUGGUGAAGCUAUAAUGAAUUAAGGAGAUUAUGGAGAUAGAUUUUACAUUCUUUUACAUGGUGAAGUUGGAGUUUAUAUAAAAAGAUCAAUUGAAGAUGUGUAAUAGGACAUGGAUUUCAUCACUUAGUAAAGUAGUGAAACAAAUAUUGGUGGUAAUUAAUAGUAGAAGAUAAAGAAAAGUAUUGAAAUGCCUUAAUUAAACAGAUAUGAUUUGGCUAUGAAAAUGUUAAUAGAGAAUUGUAUGUAUUUUAAUAAUGGGAUUGCAUUAUUUAAGAAAGUAUGGUAAUAUUAUUCUGGAUAAUGCUUUGGAGAUUAAGCAUUAAUUCAUGAUUAACCAAGAUCUGCUAGUAUUAUAGUAGUUUCUGAUGAAGCACAUUUAAUAUCUAUGAAUAAACAUGAUUAUAAAUUGAUAUGUGAUAAUUAGAUACAAGAAUAAAAUGUUAAAAUUGAAUACUUUAUGAAAUUAUUUAAUGGUGCAUCUAAAUUCACUGUUUCUAAAUUCAUUUAAAAUUUAAGAACAAUUAAUUUUCCAUCUUAAACUAUUUUAUGGAAAGAAGGAGAAGAACCAAAGUUUUAUAUUCUUAUAUAAAAAGGAAGAGUUGAACUCUAUAGAUUUAUUAUAAAUGAUAAAAAUUAAACAUCUUCCACAAAAAAAAAUAAAAAAAUAGUAUUAAGUUAAUUAUCAGAUAAUGCUUUUGUUGGUUAAGAAGAGAUUAUAGAAUGUCUACCUUAAAGAUUAUAUUCAUGUCAAGUUUUAGAUAACACUACUGCUUAUUAUAUGGAAUCUAGUGAAUUCAAUAAUUUAAAGAAAAACUUUCCUGAAAUUGUUAAAUUAUUAAAAGACAAAAGUAAUUUAAUUUAAGAUUAUAUGAUUAAUAGAUAAGCUAAAAUUAUUUAAAUUUUAUAAUAGUAACGUGAUAAAGAAUAAAUAAUAUAACCUUAAAUGUAAACAAUGGAAAGAAAAACUAUUAAAGAAAUAUUUAAAAAUCCUGAAGAAAGACUGAAUAAAAAUGAUGUUAGAUCAUAAAAACCAAAAUUAUUACUAUAAUCUGAAAUUACAGAUUAAAAUAUGAUAUAUCAUCAAAAAAAACUUCCAAAUGAUCCAAAAUCUAAAUUUCUAAUGCUUGAUAAAGAAAUAAUUGAUUAAAUUAGAGAUAGAGUUUCAAGAAAAAUAUAAACAAAUGCUGAUAAAAAAAUAAGAAUAAAAACUACAUCAUUAGAUGAUAAUCAAAUAUUAAUAAAUAGAGUUUAAAGUGCAGUAAGUACUAAAUCAAAAAGAUAAAAAAAAUUUGAUAAUCUUGACACAGUCUUAUAAAUAACAUCUUCAGAACCAAAUCUCAUUUCUCCAUAAAAUAUUGCUCAUAUUUCUUCAACUACAACAAUACCUAUAAUUCAAAGAAUUUGGAAUCCUUUAACGAAAUAAUUAAAAGCAAGAAUGCGUAAAACUAUGAGUUGUGUGUUUAGUCCUAAUACUAUUCCAACUAAAUAAACUGAAUCUGAUGAAUUUUUUUCAUAUACUACUCAACCUAUUAGAAUUCAUACCGGAAAAUCUCAUAGUCGAAAGAUGUACUUAUUUAUUUUUUAUUUAGAACUUCCUCGAUCGGUUCUCGCAAAAAAAGUACUUAAUAUUACAGUUUUAUAUGA